CGCCUAUUUCCCCCUGCUAUUCUACACUUGUCGGGUUUUAUUUUUCCUUGCGUUCGUUUUGUUUCAUUCUACGAGUGAUUCAUGACAGCUGUGGCGGGCCAAUGGCUGGAUGUGACAAUUUGCGAUCGUUUGCGCGGUGGUGAGCUUUGAUAGCUAUUUGGACCAGCUGGGCUGAGAUUGAACAAUUGGGACGACCGCAAUGAAGUUUCUCACGAUCUUAUUCUUACUCGGCUUACCUGGCGUAGCACGAACUUCGCAGCUAGACGCUCGACAGGUCACCCCAAGCGGGAAUUCUUCAGUGACUCUCCCAUCGCAGAGUCCAAGUUCAAGUUCGAGUUCGAGUUCGGACUUAAGUUUGAGUAGUAGUCAGAUUGAGUCUACGGCACCUUCACUGGUAGCCACAUCUACAACUACUUCAGCUACUACUACUGCUGCUACUACUUCAGCUGCUUCCUCAGCUACUUCCUCAGCUACAUUUACAGAGGUCACCACCUCAUCUAGUCUUACGAAGCAGGAGCGUGAUCCACAAGAUCCUGAUGUUACGACUCCAGGACCGCCUCCCGCGCCGGCUCCUACAUUUCUAACUUCACCUGUGGAAACGACGACCCCUGGAGAUAUUCCUGCUAGUUCAGCAACGACUUCAACAUCAAUUAGCAUUGCAAGCACUACUGGCACGACGACACUCGCUUUUUCUUCACCAACUAUUAUAGCUUCGCCUGAGAUUUCUUCAGCCCAGCUCACGACUGUCGCUACUACGAAUACGAACCCUUCUCCGGUGGUCUCAUCUCCAUCGACUACUCUCAUUACCUCCAAAACCACCCCGAGUGUCAUCAGAUCAUCAUCAUCACCACCACCACCACCACUACCACCAUCAACUGAAACAUCUGAAAGCAUUACUACUACCACUUCUAACUCUAAAUCUAUUUCCUCACCUACAGCAACAGCCACAGCUACAAUGUCUAACGUAACUCCGACGCCGAGCAGCGUAAGCUCAAGCAAUGAUGGGAGCGGUACCUCAACAUUAACAAUCGCACUCAGCACAAUCCUAAGCGUCACAGGUGUAGUUUUGAUCGCAGUAGCAGCGUAUUUGUGUACAGGAAACAGGCGGCGAAGAUUACCUAUGUUCAAGAUAAAGAGGGGCAUUACGCCGAUUGGAGAUGAUGAGAUAGCAACGUGGAAAUCGAACCGGUCAGCAGAGAAGGUGACGGAUAGGUAUACCACACGACCGAGCCACUCGCAGAACCCGUCUACGGCAACAUCGACCAGGAGAGCACCGAGUGUGAUUCAAUAUCACAGUGGCGGACGACAGUCAUACGAGGUGGCAUCACCGAGAUCAUUUAUUGACGGAGGAAAGUAUAGCUUUGAUCUUCCGCAAGCGCCCGGGGCGGUUUUGGCACGAGCACCGAAUGCACGAUCAGGUCUGACGGACGAGGCGGUUCCCGGCGACGAUCCCUUCUUACCUUCCCCGAAGCGACACCCGUCGAGAUUGCACAAGCUACCACCAAACUCGCCGAGCUUGCACGGUAGGACAAAAGGAUCUCGAAGUAGUAGUCUUAGGAGCUACGCCGAAGCUGCAUGGCGGGAUGGUCUAGAACAGAGCUCGUCUCCCAGAGUCUCAAGCGACGCCCAUACGCGGACUCACAACCGAAUUUACUCCAAUUCAUCGAUACCGCCUCCCCCGAGGUUGUCAUUCGGUGACAACGACCAAUUGACCGGUCUAUCGCCGCCUCCGUCACGGCGGAACGACAGCACGAUAGGAUUGGCUGUCGGGUGAAGGGCAACGAUCUGCCGUCAGUUUCAUCAUCCAAGCUCACCAUCCCUGCCGUCCCACGUUUUCUCAUGUUUUGGGGAUUAACUGGGGUU